GGAAAUACAGAGAAGAGGAAAACGAGAUAGCAAAGGAAAGGAGGGGAAGAGGAAUUAUUGAAAGAAAAGAGGAGAUAGAGAAGGAAAUGAGGUGAUUGAGGAGGUAGAGAAGGAAGUAAGGAGGGAGAGAAUGAAAGGAGUAGAUGAAGAAGGCAAGGAGGAGAGGAGGAACAGGUAGAGAAGGAAAGGAAAUGUGGAGUAAGAAAUGAGGGGAAGAGGAAUUAUUGAAAGGAUGAGGAGAUGGAGGAAGAAGAGAAAGAAGAGGUCCAGACAGAAGGAAAUAAGGGGGUAGAGAAGGAGAGGAGGAGACAAAGAAGGAAGGAGCAGACAAAGAAGGAAAGGAGGAGAGAGGUGGAGGAGAGGAGGAGUUGUCCUGCAGUAACAAAACGCGGCCACAAGAUGGCGGCGGUUUCUUUCAACAUUUCUAAGUUGAUGGUAGUUCUGUUAAUAUGACGUCACUCAGUGAUCGCCGAUCUAUCAGAGUGAUUAUUGAUGAUCAAUUCUGAUCAGCUUCCGGUUGUUUUUCCAUCAGAAGAUGAAGCGAUGAAUUAAAGAUGAAUGAAUGAUGCUCCUCCUGGAGUCUCUGCUGUCACGUGACCCGCAGCGGCACCCGUCACGUCACUUCAUUGAGAGUCAGACGGCACGAGGAGGAGACACACGGAGGAUGCACGCGACCGCGACAUCAUGCACGAGUCUCCGACAACCGAGACACUUCCUCUGACGAACAACACUGCUUCCUCUUUGUGCGAGCCUCUGUAUGAAGAGGGCCGUCUGCCACUGGUGCUGCUGUACAGCCUGGUGCUGGCGGUAGGACUGCCUGCCAACCUGCUGACCGUCUACCUCACCUGGCUGCAGGUGUGCAGGAAGAACGUGCUGGGCGUUUACCUGUGGAGCCUGUCGCUGUGUGACCUUACCUACCUGGGAACGUUGCCGCUGUGGGCGCACUACGUCAGCAGAGGUCACUUGUGGUCAUGGAGCUCAGCCACCUGCAAGCUAACGGGCUACAUCUUCUUCAACAACAUGUACAUCAGCAUCUUCCUACUCUGCUGCAUCUCCUGUGACCGCUACGUCGCCGUGGUCUACAGUGUCGAGUCCCGUGGCCUCCGCCGACAGCGCCAUGCUGCCCUAAUCGCUCUUGGCAUCGUGUUGCUGGUCGCUGUCGGUCACACCCCCGUCUUCACCAUGACGGAGGGCGACGCCGCUGAGGGCGACCGCCGCUGCUUCGAACCAAGUCAGAGCAGCACCAAGGUGACGGGCUUCAGCUACGCCCGCUUCAUCAUUGGCUUCCUGAUCCCGCUGCUGGUGCUGGUGGUGACAAAUCGGGGCAUCCUGGCCAAUGUGCGGCGCAGCACAGGGCUGCGGCAGGAGCAGAAGGAGCGCGUUCGCUGGCUGGCCCUGGCGGUGGUGGUGCUGUUCCUGGUCUGCUUCGCCCCAUACCAUGUCAUCCUGCUGGUCCGAGCCGUCCUCUUCCACUUCCCCGAGGACGGCACCUGUCUGUUUGAGAGGACAAUAUACACACCCUACACCAUCUCGCUCGGCCUGUCCACCAUCAACAGUGCCGUCAACCCCAUCCUCUACGUCCUGUCCAGCGACAACAUCCGCAAAGAGCUGAGCCGAGGCCUCGUGCGGGUCUGUGACCGAGCGCACCUGAGACCACGAUCAGACAGCAGCCAGAACAAGAUCCAGCCCAACAGGAACUCCUCAGAGCUGCAUGUGAUGACCGAGACCAAGAGACCACAGGGAGGACCACCACCAGGGACCUGACCCACCUCAGCUAGACUCUACUGGUCUCUUCUGGAAUCUACUGGAUUCUGGUGGUCUCUGCCAGGCUGUACUGGACUCUGCCAGAUUCUACUGGACUCUUGUUGUCUCUGCCAGACUCUGCUGGACUAUAUGGGUCUCUACUGGUGUCUGGUGGUCUCUACCAAACUUAACUGGACUCUACUGGUCUCUAAAGGUCUUUACCAGACUCUACUGGUCUCUGGUGGUCUCUGCCGGACUCUGCUGCACUCUACCAGACUCUGGUGGACUCUGCUACACUCUAGUGGACUCUGGUGUUCUCUACCAGACUCUGCUGGACUGGUGGUCUUUAAUGGACUCUGCCGGACUCUACUGGUCUCUACUGGUCUCUGGUAGUCUCUGCCAGACUCUGGUGGACUCUGCAUGACUUUAGUGGACUCUGGUGUUCUUUACCAGACUUUGCUGAACUCAACUGGACUCUACCAGACUCUGCUGGACUAGAAGUCUCUAAUGGUCUCUGGUGGACAGUGGAUCUGAACAGUUUGUCCUGACUGGGUGCUGAAAGGAGACAAGGACUACUUCUGCUGGUCUGGACCAAUCAGGACACAGAGGAUCAAUAAAUGUUAUAAAUAAAGUUUCAGACGCCUCCAUCAGAAAAACUCAAACUGUUUCCUGUUUUUAAAACCCUCUCAUUCUGUGUUCAUGUUCAAUUUGUCUUUGUAAAUAAAGUUGUAUUCAUCACAGAA